CGUCGCCGGCGUCACGGAGCGCGGACGCGACAAACGCGACAUUGCCGAGCGGAAACCGGAAAGCGAGCGGGUUCUCGGAAAAUCAGAAACAGAACGGAAUCAGUGAAAAAACAAGUCAACAGGGAGUCCGGGAGUCAGGGGUUAGAACUUUCGGGGUGGGAAUACGUGCACUUGUAUAGAACCAAAAGACCACAACCACAAGAGCAACCAGCCACGCAACGAAUCCAAUGGCCAGUUGUGCGCCGGUGAUCGUGUGGAACGGUGCUCAGUUUACGGCCAGCAGCAGGGAGCUGGAGCAGCUGCGUCGCGAUUACGGUCUGGAUGCGCGGAUGUUGGAGGCGACACUGGUGCCGCGAUACAAACGCCACAAGCCGCAGGCAGCGGCACGCAAUGAUCACGUGCGCGUGACCAAGGAGCAGCAAUCGGAUUGGAUACUCAAGCAGGAUCGCAGCACCAACGUCAGCCAGGUGAACUUCCAUCCCUGGGCGGGCGCCCACUUCGACUUGGUGCCCUGGCGCCGCACGCGAUCCGCCUUGGAUUUGACAGCAGUGGAGGACUACAAUCACGGCCUGAUCGAUCCCAAAUCGCUGAAGGGCCUGGAGAAAUUGGAGCUGCGACAGCAGCGCAGGAGGCUGCAGCGCGCCAGGUCCACGCACCAGGGCCUCCGGAGAUUGGUGCGCGUCCGCCUGAUCUUCUCCAUCGAGCUGCGGCACAAGCGGAUGGAGGUGCUCCGGAAAAGUGCUCUGCCCGUCCGGGUGUUCGAGCAGCGGUUCGCCCUCUCCGAAAACGAGAGCGCCGCCUACGAGCGCAUCCUGCUGGACGCCAGUGCGGGAGUGGACCAGCACGUGGGCUACUUUAGCAGGAGGCAAGUGCUGCCAUCCAGCCGCGAGUCCAACGAGGAGUUGGUCGUGGAUUUUGCCAGCGAAACGGAGGCGGAUGAGAAGGCCGAUGAGCAGCCGGAAAAGGAGGAGGAGGCCCAAUAUGCCACAAUAGCUCCGGCGGAAAAGGGAGGCAGUGCGGCAGUGCCCGCCAAGGAAUCCAGCCAGGUGCCAUGUGUCAAGUGCCGCGAGAUUGCCAUCAAAUUGAGAACCAUAAACGAUUAUGCGCUCAACUCGAAUCUGCACCUAAGCCACAGCAACAAACUGAACAAUCUGCCCAGCAACAAGCUCCUCCACAGCAACCAAAGCCACAGCAGCAGCAUCAAUCCGAGCACAAGGAUGCACUCCCACCAGCUAGAUUCCUACCUGGGCGGCGUGGGCGGAGUGGGCGGCAUGAUGGAUCUGGGCGGCAUGGGCCAAGUGGGCCAGAUGCACCAUCCGGGGAGCGUUUCCGGCAGCGAAAGACCCAACGGAGGAGCUCUGGCCCUUCACUAUGCCGCCGCGCGUGGUUGCCUCGAUUGCGUCCAACUGCUGGUCGCCGCAUCCGUGGAUAUUUGCUACUUCUCCACGAUCAACGUUAAGAAGGGCCUCCUGGGCCGCAUGACCACAAGUCUGACCUCCUACCGCCGCAGCAAGCAGAAGUCCAAGUCGAACAAUGACAUCCACACCAUCAUUGCCACCGAGGUGGUGACGGCGGCCAUUCUGAGCAGCAGUGUCCACAGCAGCAGCACAGGAUCGGAGCUCGAGGACGGCGGCCAGGGCAGCACCAGCCCCAUCGAGGAGCCACCUGCCCAGGAUCGCAGCAGCGAGGAGCCGGACCAGCAGCAUCCGCACGCCAAGGAUCCGCCGGCCCAAACGGAGAUGAACCACCACCCGCACUCGCACCUCCAACGCAAGUCCGCCGUGGAGGUGGUGCGUCAGCAGAUGGACCACGACGUCGACCAGGACUCCAACGAGGACGACGAGGCCACGCCCAUGAUGAGCGGCGUGGGGCGCAAGGAGCAGAACAACCGACGCAGCGUCGUUAGCGCCAAUACGCAAAUGGACAACGAUGUCACGCCCGUUUACCUGGCGGCGCAGGAGGGCCACUUGGAGGUGCUCAAGUUUCUGGUGCUCGAGGCCGGCGGCUCUUUGUACGUCCGUGCACGCGAUGGCAUGGCACCGAUCCAUGCCGCUUCACAAAUGGGCUGCUUGGAUUGCCUCAAAUGGAUGGUCCAGGAUCAGGGGGUGGAUCCCAAUUUGCGGGAUGGCGAUGGCGCCACGCCCUUGCACUUUGCCGCCUCCCGGGGUCAUCUCUCCGUAGUCCGCUGGCUGCUCAAUCAUGGCGCCAAAUUAUCCCUGGAUAAGUAUGGCAAGUCGCCCAUCAACGAUGCGGCAGAGAAUCAGCAGGUUGAGUGCCUUAACGUCUUGGUGCAGCACGGCACUUCGGUGGACUACAAUGGCAAAAGCAGCUCACAGCGGCACAAGUCGCAGCAGCAACUGCACCACCAGCAGCAGCAGCAGCAGCAACAGCAACAGCAGCAGCAACACCUGAGCAGCAGCUGCAACUCGAACUCGAACUCCUCGAAGCAGACGAGUCGCAGCAAUACGAUCAAGUCCAAGUCCUCCUCGACUUUGAGCUCCGACGUGGAGCCAUUCUACUUGCAUCCACCGGCCAUAGCAGGCGGAGCAGGAGGAUCGGGCAUGGGCUUGGGCAUGGGGAUGGGCAUGGGCAUGGGUAUGGGCAUGGGCAUGGGCAUGGGUAUGGGCAUGAGCAUGGGCAUGGGCAUGGGCAUCUCGCGGAAGAACAGCGAUGCCUUGUACUCGCAGCAAUCGAGGAGUUCCUCCGAGAAGUUGUACAAUGGCUCGUCCUCCUUGGGCGGCAAUCCGGGUGGCAACACUUCGGUAGGCGGAGGCGGCGGCCUUGGAGGAGGAGGUGGAGGCGGAGGUGGCGGUGGCGGUGGGGGCGGUGGAGCCCUGCUGCCCAACGAUGGACUGUAUGUGAACCCCAUGCGGAAUGGUGGCCUGUACAACACACCCUCGCCGAAUGGCAGCAUCUCCGGGGAGUCGUUCUUCCUGCACGAUCCGCAGGACAUCAUCUACAAUCGGGUGCGGGAUCUGUUCGUGGACUCCGAUUGCAGCAGCAGUGUGAAGCAGCAUGGCAAGAGCCACGCCCACCAGCUGCUGCAGUCGAAGGCGGGCAACGCCAUGACCAUCCAGGCGGACGUCCACUCCAGCUCCAGCGGAGCGGGCAGUGGCUCCGACGAGUCCGUCUCCAUCUCGUCCAGCUUCAACUCGCCCAAGCAGCAGCCGCAGCUGCGCAGCCAGAGCUUCAAUCGCCACGGCAGCAGCAGCAACAUCAGCAACAUCAGCGCCAGCGGCAACAUCAAGAGCAACAACUACAAGCCGCACAAGGGCAUGCCCAACAUUCAGAAUGGCGGCGGGGAUCACGACUACGAGGACAUCUACCUGGUGCGCGAGGAGUCGCGCAAGCAGCACCAGCAGCAGCACCAGCAGCAGCACCAGUUGCAGCAGCAACAGCAGCAGCAGCACCAGUUGCAGCAGCAACAGCAGCAGCAGCUGCAGCACAAAUACAACGUGGGACGCUCCCGGUCGCGGGACAGUGGCUCCCAUUCGCGAUCGGCCAGCGCCAGUUCCACCAGGAGCACGGACAUUGUGCUGCAGUACAGCAACCACCACUUGAACAACAAGCGCAACAUGAACAACAACAGCAACUUGAACAACAGCAGCAGCAACAUCGCACUGGGCAGCAACAACAACAGCAGCCUGCUGAAUCGCAAUAAGUCGCAUUCGAUCAUUGGACUGCACAGCAGCAAAUACGAGUCCUCGCUGAAGGACAACUACAGCGCGAAGAACGUGAAUCUGAAGAACCAGCUCCUCAACGGCGGCAUCAAGAGCGAUACCUACGAAAGUGUCUGUCCGCCGGAGGAUGUGGCCGAGCGCACCAAGCAGACCCACAAGAACUCCAUGAUCCGCAACAAUCUGGCGGAUGCCCCGAGCAGCAACAACAGCAACAACAACAACAACAGCGGCAGCGGCAGCAGCAACAACAUCAGCAACAUGGGCAACAUGAACGGCGGCAAUCAGGGCAGCAGGAAUCUGAAGCGGGUCUCCUCGGCGCCACCAAUGCAAAAUCUGGCCGUGGCCAAUGGACCACCUCCACCACCACUGCCUCCACCUUUGAGGGCGCCAGUGCAGCAGCAGCGCAACAACUGGGGCGCCGCCGAGCAGCCGAACAGCAUGACUGGCAACAACGGCAUCUACAAGAAGAAUGUCUUCGGACCGAACCAGGCUCCAGCCAGUGCCAAUGGAGCAGGCGGCGCAGCUCCUCCUCCAGUUCCAGCGCCCAAUCCCGUGGCCACUGAAGCGGUCGACUCGGAUUCGGGACUCGAAGUGGUCGAGGAGCCGAGCUUGAGGCCAUCGGAACUGGUGCGCGGCAACCACAAUCGCACCAUGUCCACCAUAUCGGCGAACAAGAAAGCCAAGCUGCUCAGUGCCAGCGCCACGAAUGGUAGCUCCAUUGCCGCCAGUUCGGAGGAGUCCCAGUCCCGAGCCGGAGGAGCUGCCCACGCUGCAGCCAAUGGUUCUGCGGCCAGUGCCCACUUCUAUGGCUACGCGGAGGGCCCCAAAAACCAGAGGAGCAAUGGCAAUGGCAAUGGCAAUGGAGGCGGCAACUAUCCCAGCCAUCCCAAUCAGCCGCACUACGCGACGGGCCAGCCGCACCAGUACACGCCCAGCCUGUACGGAGGCGGCUCCUCCGCCGAGGAUCACUACGAGCUCACCCAGCAGCAGCAGCAGAUCUACGGGGAAACCCACUUGGCCGGCGGACAGCGGACGGGCGGGCCCAAUCUGGUCAACAAGCAGCUGGUGCUGCCUUUUGUGCCGCCCAGUUUUCCCAAUAAAUCACAAGACGGCGUCACGCAUCUCAUCAAGCCGUCCGAGUAUCUCAAGAGCAUCAGCAUCGACAAGCGUUCGUGUCCAUCCUCCGCCCGCUCCACGGAUACGGAGGACUACAUGCAGAUACAGAUCGCCCAGCAGCAGCAGCAGGUGCACCACUCGCAGCUCCACUCGCAGCACCCGCAGCAGCAUCCGCACCAGCACCAGCACCACCCCCAUCCACAUCCACAUCCGCACCAUCCCCACCAGCUGCACGGAAUGGGCGAGCAGCCACCGCUGCCGCCACCACCGCCGCCUCUGCCCCACGGAAUGUUGCCCCCGCAGCCGCCGAUGGGUCCGCCCAUGGGCGUGGCAGGCGGCCAGGAUGCCACCAUGUCCGGCAAGUCGCAGAAGCCCAAGAAGCCGCACGGCUCGGCACCCAACAGCCAGGACACGGCCACCAGGAAGCAGCACCAGCCGCUCUCGGCCAUCUCCAUUCAGGAUCUGAACAGCGUCCAGCUGCGCCGCACGGACACACAGAAGGUGCCGAAGCCCUACCAGAUGCCAGCACGCAGCCUGAGCAUGCAGUGCCUGACCUCCAGCACGGAAACGUAUCUCAAGUCGGACCUGAUUGCCGAGCUAAAGAUCUCCAAGGACAUACCGGGCAUCAAGAAGAUGAAGGUGGAGCAGCAGAUGGCCAGCCGGAUGGACUCGGAGCACUACAUGGAGAUCACCAAGCAGUUCUCGGGCAACAACUAUGUGGACCAGAUACCGGAACGGGACCAGGCCGGCAACGCCAUACCCGACUGGAAGCGCCAGAUGAUGGCCAAGAAGGCGGCCGAGCGGGCCAAGAAGGACUUCGAGGAGCGUAUGGCCCAGGAGGCAGAAUCGCGCCGCCUCUCCCAGAUUCCCCAGUGGAAGCGGGAUCUGCUGGCGCGACGCGAGGAGACGGAGAACAAGCUGAAGGCGGCCAUCUACACGCCCAAGGUGGAGGAGAACAACCGGGUGGCGGACACCUGGCGGCUCAAGAACCGCGCCAUGUCCAUCGACAACAUCAACAUCAAUCUGGCCGGCAUGGAGCAGCACUACCAGCAGAUCCAGUUCCAGCAGCAGCAGCAGCAGCAGCAGCAGCACCUCCAGCUGGGCAACAAGGAGAACCAUGGCGAACCCAAGGGCGCUGAUGAGGAGCAGGAGCACGGCAUGGGCGGUGGCGGUGGCGGUGGCGUCGGAAACGCUAGCUCUGGCGCCGGCGGAGGUCAGGAGCUCCUCGAACCGCCGGAGGGCAGCCAGGGACACGCCGAGGAGGAGGAGGACAACAUCAUUCCAUGGCGCGCCCAGCUGCGCAAGACCAACAGCCGGCUCAGCCUGAUCUGAUAUCCGAAGCAUCCACACAGCCCAAAAACGAAAUCCAUUCUAUCAAUCGACUCCCAAGCGGUGCAUUUUUUUUUGUUUUUUUUUUUCGACUAACUUAAAGCAUGUGCAAUUAUAAUGAGAGAUACCCUAAAUAUAAACCAUAAUACCUAAGCCUAAGGUCUAGCUACUUACAUUGUACUAUAUGCAUUAUCAUAACCCGUACUUUUACACCUAAUUGUACUCCAUGUUUUUUUUUUGCGCAAAACGAAUAUUGUUAUUCCUAGUGGGCAGUACAGUAUCGCAAGGCGAAUCAAAAGUAUAUAUCUAAUCUUAGCUGCUGUCCUUGAGUUCUAUUUCGGUGUUGUAUUUUUAUCAUUUUUACUCUCUAUUAUUCGACUUAUUUGACUCGACUUGAAUUUAUUUAGUACUGGAAUUAAUUUAAUUGAUCGGAUAAGCAUUUUUUUAUUGUUAUUUGUUUUUAUAUACGCGGCUCAAACAAUACUACUUUUAAUUACAUGAAUACACACAUACAUACUACAUCUAUGAAUGAAAAAGCGAACGAACGAAUCAAUAAAUACACAUAUAUAAUUUAAA